UGGCAUUCAUUUGCAAGUCACAUUUACUACCGAAAGCAUGUAUUUUUCUGCAAUUGUGAGCACGGAUUAAAAGUGUGUUUCGUUACUGUUGUUAUAUAUAACUGUGUAAGCCAGUUCUAUUGAAAAAUAUUAACGGUGUAAAUAAAAUAAACUAAACAGCCUUACACAGUGGACGCUACGUACGGCGUCGCACAGGCAACAGAGACAAUAGAAAAAAAAAACAGCACCAAACAAACCAGCUCACACCGCAGUGAGUGGCGGAAAGAAAUAACAAAUUUAUAUCAAAACAGAACAGUUUGGAUAAUGAAGACGAUGAAGAAGGUUACAAACCGAGUUAUAAUUCUGUUCAUUUGCUAUGCUCAAAUUAUACAAUUCUCAAGUAGCACGACGGCACUGGAAUCACAGGAUAUGCGUAAGAAAAGGAGUUUGAGUCUCAAUGGUAAAAGUAUAACAAGUUAUUCACAUAUCAAUCAUAUUGAUAAUGAUGUAACCACAUCUUCGCCUUCAUUAGAGUCGUUAAACAACGUUGCUAGUUCAAACAUGGAGGAUAAUGAAGCGAUGGAUGCAUUUGAUGAAAAAUCUGAUCUGUUUCGUAAUACCGUGAACUCAUGGAUUCCCGAAAGUGUAUUUGAAAGUGUAGAAGGAGCUGAACCACUUGAGACUGAUAAUGAUUAUCGGGACCUACGUGGAAAAAAGUUCUUUUCAAUGUUUCCAUUAAGAUCAAGCCCAAAGAGAGCACCUUCGGGAUUUGUAGGUUUGAGGGGAAAAAAAUUGUACAGUGAAGUAAAACGUGCCCCAUCGGGGUUCAUGGGGGUGCGUGGUAAAAAAUAUAAUUAUAUUAAUUCGAACCAGUUAUCGAGUGCACCGGCUGACUUAGAGUUUUACGACUUACUAAAAAAAGAAGAAAAAAUACUGAAAGCCAUUUACGACAUAAACUCUGUUGAUAACGAACAACACUCGUAUGACGCAUCUAUCCUAAAUGCUGAAAAACGUGUGCCACACGGAUUUUUGGGACUUCGUGGCAAGAAGCUUUUUGAUCAACCAUACCAACUUUGGGAGGAAAAACGAGCACCAUCUGGAUUUGUAGGACUACGAGGCAAAAGGCAAAGUCCUUUAGACACAAAUGACAAAUUCCGCGAGAGUGCGUAUUCCUUGUCAUUAGCAUCAAAUGAAGAAAAGGAUUCUACAAUCUCAAUGGCUACUUAAAUUGGUUGAGGGAAUAAAAUGAUUCUAGAAAUGAUUCAGAAGGUGCUUAAAGAGUUCAAUUAAUUAAACAACAGUAUAUUCAGAAAAUUAAAAAUAAUUACCGCAAAUAAAUAAAGCAAAUCCAAAUCGUUAUCAACUCUA